AGGAACCUGUUUGUUGCUGCUGCUGCUGACGUUGAUGCUCGCCUCGGUGACGAUGGCGUCCACGGAUCUGUCGCUCCUGGAUCUAACAGACAAGGAAACCCGGGAGAAACUGUCCCUAUGGGACCGCCGUACGGAGGCCACGGCCCCCCUGACGGAGAAGCAGAUGGACUCGGUUCUGGAGAUCCGAGCGGCGGCCGAAACGCUGUCUGUUCCCUCGGAGCUGCCCAUUGAGGAUCUGUGCAGCCUGUCGUCUCGGUCCUUGCAGUCCCCGUUCACAGCGACGGUGCCUGCGUCAACAGAGGACGUCCUGCUCAAAGGCUUUCAGAUGCUCCAAAUGGAAACUGAUCGAAUAGAAACUGCACAGCAGUUCUUUGCCUGGUUUGCCAAGUUGCAGACAAACAUGGACUUGGAUGAGAGCGCAAAGUACAGGAGAACCAGAGAUGAUCUAAACAGCUACCAAGAACAAUGUGAUGCUAUUCUGAAAGAUGUGAACAUGGCUCUUGAGCAUUUGGAUUCUCUUCAGAAACAGUACCUGUUUGUGUCCAAUAAGACCGGGGCCUUGCAUGAGGCCUGUGAACAGCUGCUGAAAGAACAAUCAGAGCUUGUCAACCUGGCAGAGAGCAUUCAGCAGAAACUGUCAUAUUUUAACGAGUUGGAAAACAUAAACACGAAACUGAAUUCUCCAACUUUGUCUGUAAAUAGUGAAGGUUUUAUACCAAUGUUGUCCAAAUUGGAUGACUGCAUAGAAUAUGUUUCCUCGCAUCCAAAUUUCAAGGAUUAUCCAGUUUAUUUGGCUAAAUUUAAACAAUGUCUGUCUAAAGCUAUGCACUUCAUGAAGGUCUACAUCGUAAACACUAUGCAAUCUCUUACCAGCCAGUUAACAAAACGGGAUCCUAUGGGUCUCACUAACGCAGACAACGCCUUUACGCUUUAUUAUGUUAAAUUUAGAGCAGCAGCUCCUAAAGUUAGAUCACUGAUCGAACAGAUAGAGCAGCGAGCAGAGAAAAUUCCAGAGUACCAGCAGCUGCUUGAGGAAAUCCAUCAGUGCUAUCUUGACCAGAGAGAGCAGCUGCUCAGCCCCUGCAUUACAUCCACCAUUACCGACUUGACCAAGCAAAACAACAAAGACCACUGUGCUCUGGUUCGAAGUGGCUGUGCAUUUAUGGUCCAUGUGUGUCAGGAUGAACAUCAGCUGUUUAAUGAGUUCUUCUCCAAGCCCACAUCUAGAUUAGAUGAACUUUUAGAGAAGUUAUGCGUGUCGCUGUAUGACGUUCUGCGGCCGCUGAUAAUCCACAUCAUCCACCUCGAAACCCUGUCUGAGCUGUGCAGCAUCCUAAAGAAUGAGAUGCUGGAGGACCAUGUUCAAAACAACGCUGCUCAGCUGGGCGCCUUUGAUGCCGUGGUGAAGCAGAUGCUGGAGGACGUCCAGGAGCGGCUGGUCUACAGGACUCACAUUUACAUCCAGACUGACAUCAUAGGUUACAACCCAGCUCCUGGUGAUCUGGCCUACCCUGAAAAACUGGAAAUGAUGGAGAGAAUCGCCCAGAGCUUGAAGGAAGAACAGAUGAAGCAGAUGUCACAGGAGUCUGCGUUUUCCGACGUGCGACUUGAAGACGCCGACAGAAGAAGAAACAGUAACGCGGGCAACGUGGAACCAUCCCGUCUGCAGCCAUCCGUCUCUCCUGCGGAUCUGCACGGCAUGUGGUACCCCACUGUCAGGCGAACCCUGGUUUGUCUGUCCAAGCUCUACAGAUGCUUUGAUAGAGCAGUAUUUCAGGGUUUAUCUCAAGAAGCCUUAUCUGCCUGCAUCCAGUCGCUGCUUAAAGCCUCUGAUAUCAUCCUUAAAAACAAGACCCAAAUAGACGGGCAACUUUUCCUGAUCAAGCACCUGCUGAUACUGCGUGAACAGAUUGCCCCAUUUCACACUGAUUUUGCCAUCAAGGAAAUCUCACUGGAUCUGAAAAAAACCCGAGAUGCCGCCUUCAAAAUCCUGAACCCCAAGGCUGUUCCUAAAUUCUUCCGACUCAAUAGUCACAAUGCCAUACUUGAAUUCCUGUUGGAGGGAACACCGGAGAUAAAAGAGCACUACAUUGACUCGAAGAAGGAUGUGGACCGACACCUGAAGUUCAGCUGUGAGCAGUUUAUCCAGCAGCAGACUCAGAUCUUUGUGGGGAACCUUGAGGAGUUUCUCACCAAGGUUUCAGCUCUGAAAACGAUGGCCGUCCAAGGUGGUCCCACGUACAGCCUGUCUCAGCAACCUUGGGCUCAGCCAGCAAAGAUCAACGAUAUAGUGAUGGCCACAUACCGGGUGAUGAAGAGCAAGCUGCCGAGCACUUUACAGAGCAUGUCCUUGUACUUGGCCAAUAGAGACACAGAGUUCAUCCUUUUUAAGCCUGUCCGGAAUAACAUCCAGCAGGUAUUCCAAAGACUGCACACUUUGCUUCAGGAGGAAUACAGUGGAGAAGACCUUCAAAUCAUUGCAUGUCCAUCAAUGGAGCAGAUUAACCUGCUGCUGUCUGUGAAUAAGUAAUGCUCGGCGAAUCGAUGCACCCUCUCGAUGGCGACGUGAAGCCGGAGCUUCAGUCAUGACCGGGAGGCUGAGUGGGCGGAAUGACCAGGGGAGGAAAAAGAAAGAAAAAAAAAAAAAAACAACAAACCCUGCACCUGUGCUACCUGCUGGGACGGGAGUGCUGGAUGGAUGUUCGGAAAAGAAAAUCCAAAAGCCCAAAGAUUUUUUUUUUUUUUCUGCUGGAGGUUCGGCUGCGGUUGAACGCCAUGAAAAGUGUGACUUUUCAGGUUCAGCUUGUUGGACGGCAAUUAAAGGCUCUUAGGGUUGCUCUUCCUCUUAGAGCGGUGGGUUUUUGAUCGCUGUUGCAUCUCUUAACACAGGAUUGUAAGACGGGAUGGGGAUUUCAAGAUAAGGACGUGAUGGGUUUACUAAACAGCUGGCUGGAAAAUAAUGGCCAGUGAGAGGCACUAACAGUCACAUGCCCAGUUCCCUUCUUUGGUUUGGAAGGACAAUGCUGCAAAAAAUAUUUGAUUUCUUUACUUUACCAUGUAAAAGUCUUUAUAAAGUGCUCUGCAGAAGUAUUAAUACCCUUUAAGCCGUUUCACACGUUGACACGUAGCUACCAGAAGCCUUCAUGUUUUGUUGUGGAGGUUUUUAUGUGAUGAACGACCGGCAUAAGGAGAGGCACGACUCUGAGGAAAUUCUUUAAAACAAGAAUUCACAAAGUGUGGCGUGCAUCUGUAUUCAGGGACAAGGUCAAGAAGUCUGAACCAGGGUUAAGUUAUAAAGUAAUAUUUGUGGACGUCUCACCGAGCACUGUUCCGUUCAUCGAGGUAAAUAUGAUGGCACAGCUGCAGACCUACCGAAGCUAAACUGACAAACCAGGAAAGGAGAUCAGUAAUCACAGAAGGUAGCCCUGGAGGAGCUUCAAAAAUCCACCGCUCGGAUGGAGAGUCGGUCAACAGGACAACUAUUAGUCGUGCGCUCCAGAAAGCUGUCUUUCUUGAAAGAGUUACAAGAAGAAAGUCAUACUCAGAAGCUAUACAGUGAACCCAGGAAACUUGUUGAAGAAGGUAUUCUGUUCAGAUGAGACCAAAAUCCAACUUUCUGGCCUGCAUGCAAAAAUAUUCUAAACACUCCAUCCCCACCCUGAAAUGAGGUGGCGGCAGCGUCUCGCUGUGGGAAAUCAGAAAUCUGCGUUUGUUCAGCAUGAACCGAGAAUGUCGAUGGGAAGAUGGAUGGAGAUAGAUGCUAGAGGCAUCACCUUCCAGCAGAGCAGCAACCCUAAACAUCUAGCCCCAACAAUGAUUUAGAACAAAGCAGAUCCAUGUGUUACGGGAUCUGUAGCUUUUAAAGACAAAAGGGACUGGUCACAAUGCCCUUGGCUUAGCCUGAACUGCUUCGUACAGAAGAGUGGCUAAAAAUGUCGGUUUCUAGAUGUGCAAAUCUGCUAGAGGCAUACCAUUGCAGACAUACCAUGAAGGAAAGGCGCGUUUACAAGGUGAGUCUGGGGGUGCUGGAUAUAGAUGCACGCCACUCUAGCCCUGUGAUUUUUUUUUCCUUCCAUUUAACAAUUGAACAGAACUGCAUUGAUGUGUUUAAAACUCAGUUUAAUGUAUUGGGGUUUGUGGCGGUAAGGUGACAAAACGUGAAGAAGGUGAAGGGGUAUCAGUCCUUUCUGUAAGGCAACACUUAGUCUCUGUCUGUGUAGCUAAAUGAUGACCUGAGCGACGGGUGAAGCAGGUCUGACCGGUUUCCUUCUCUAAUCAAAGCAAAGGCGGCUGUUUUUCCAUGAACCUUCUCACCCAAAAAGUCCAUGUGAAUGUUUCUGUUGUUCUGUUGCACAUUUGUAAAAAAAAAAACAAAAAAAAGAGAGAGAGAGAGAAACUUGCUUUUUUGAUACUUUCCUUCUUUUCUAACUUGAUUUGUUCAGCAUUUACUCUAGCACAAGAUAAGACUGCUUUUGAACAUGAAGAAUGGAUGUGUCAUCGGUGUACUCGUUGCUUUGGUUUGUCCCAUGUAAAAUGAUUUGUAGAGGUCUUCUAUUUAUGGACAUUCUUAUUAAAAAGAAAAAAAAGAGGUUA